GUUUUAUAUGAAAUAAAUGCUAAUAAAACAAUUUUUGUACAUGUGAAUUAGUUUAGGAUCAAGUUAGCCACAUUUCAAAGGAUGGAGGAGCUACACGAAGAUAUGAAUCGUUUGAUAAAGUUAUUUAGUGAAUUUUUGCAAGUAUUGUACAAUGAUUUCAAUUUAUUAGACGUUUUACCAAGAGAUUCAGUGGAGCAUCACGAAAAUGUGUGUAGCAAAGAAUUUAUUAACAGUUUGAAGAGACUCAUAACAGAUUUAAAGGAUAUACAAAAGAAAAUACAAAAAAAUCAGGACCUACACAACAAUGAUAAAAGUACAGAUGAUUCAGUGGAAUUAGGUGACACAAGUGUAGAGAUGGAAAUGAUUGAGAGUGAGGGUGAUAGUACACAACACGAGACUAGGGAUAACUUCCAAACCCAGUCAACUCUCCAUGCUAGUGAGACAGACAGCAUUGCCAACAGUAAUAUACAGAUCAAAGCUUCUAGUCAAGAGAUAGAAAGGAGAAUUGCUGCUUUCAUUGAACAAAAGAGACAGGAGGUGGAUGAACUAAAUAUUAGAGAGUUCUGUUCAACAGUCUCCCCAGUAUCAGAAACUGACAGUAGCUGUGCCCGUGUUGAUUCAGUGUUUGAUACCAGAAUUGGUGGAAAAAGUCACAUCAAAGUGACAAGAGUGGUGAAUCUUCAAGGACCACAAACCCAGAUCAGUCAGCCUAACCCUGUCACUGUGGUGAAGAAGGAACCCGUGGAGGAUCCAAGUUUUUCUGCCGGUAUAGAGGAACGUCUUCAGAAUAUAGAGACCCACCUCAAGCUUGAUAAACGAGAACAAAGAACGGAUCUAUUUACCAGGGUUAAGAAGAUGGAAGAACGAAUAUUAUACUUGGAGAGUCUUUCACCAGAAUACUUUAGCAGUGGAAUACCUUUACCCAUGUCUUCCAAAAGAAGAAGAACAUCAGCUAGACUGCCACUUCACUUUCAGGAUGUGAAUAAUAUGGCAGUAUCAGAUAUUGAUGAUCGAAUCCAUAUGCUUAGAGAAUCUUUGAGGAGGAAGGCCAUGAACAGAGUGUGACAAUCCUGGUCUUCACACUAUCAAAUAGGGAUUACAUGUAUUCUGUGACCCAACAUUUGUAUGUAGUUUAAACUAUGGAUUUUAUGAAAAAAACAAAUAAAAAAGAACCUGUGACUUUAUUUUAAGAACAUGAAGAAACAUCAAAUUGGAUAGACCUAUCCGAUAAUAGUUUCUGUGUUGGCACUGUAAGAUAAAUUUUCAUAUGAAUAAAUUCUGACAAAUAUUCGUAGAAAAUAGAACGUCAGUAAUAAUUAUUGUGCUGUACAAAUAUAUUACAAGAUAUUAACAACAUUUCACUGUACAAUUGUAAUAAAAAUGUUGCUUAAAUGAAUGCAUGGUCUUUGCUCAAAUAUGGCUGAAAAACUGCUGACUCAGACUUUGACAAAAAAUAAGUACAUGUAAAUCAAUCACA